AAUGUAAAACGCAUUAAAAAUAAAAAACAAAAUGGCCGUUUGUUGAGUUAUCAUUCUGAAAUCUUUAUUUGCGCUGUGUAGAAAAUGCAAAUACCAAUCUGUUUCUUUUUCUUUAAUGAUUGAAAAAUAAGGAGGAUAAUUAAGAUGAGCAGUCGCUACAAAGAACACAAAGGGUCUUCGCGAUCAACGCGUGAUGAUUAUAGAAAGUACAAGGAGAAAGAUGAGAAGCGGUCGAAGUCCAGAUCGAGGUCUCCUAGGCGAAAUCGUUCGCCGCCAUCUGCCUACAAAAAUUUAUCUGAAAGACCUAGCAAAAGUCGCGACAAAGGAAUAGAAUAUGAAGACAAGAGACGAUAUUCUGGCGAUACAUGGGAGGACUCUGAUGAAGAAGUACCAGCACCACCUCCUCCACCUCGUAUCAGCAAAAUUUCCAUUGGUUUUUCUAAAUCUAAAGCACCAAUAAAGAUGACUCUUGGUGCAUCAUCAAAGCCCAUUGAUAAACCAAAGGCAACAGUAGCGUCUGUGUUCAAUGCUGAUGAUGAUGAUGAUGAACCUGAGGAAAUGCCAGCUGAAGCAAAGAUGAGGAUGAGAAAUAUUGGCAGAGAGACACCAACUUCAGCGGGCCCAAACUCGUUUGGAAAAACCAAACAAGGCUUCUGCGAUGCCAAGAAAGUAUUUGAGAAGAAUCUAAAACAGGCAUUAGAAACUGCAGAUAAACCACAAAUCAAGUUCCCUCAGACAAUCUAUAAGAUUAAAGGGCCAUGAUAAUUAAUUUAUAGUCUGUAUGUAGAAUUUAUAUAAUUUGUUCAUCUUAUUAAUUAGAAUGUAAUCAUUUUAAUAAUAUAUAUUUCUGACUAAAAAACACCCUUAUUUCAACUACAUUACUAAGAAACUUAGCGCAAGUCAUAGUUUUCAAUAAAUUAGCAAAAUCAUUCAAGAAUUGAUUAUUUAUUCAUUAA